CUCUGGGAAUAUAUGACCACAUAAAAGGAAGUGUAUUCUGACAAUUCUGAUACCUGAGAUGUAAGUGGACUCACUGAAGAGUGAAACAGUAAAAAGUUCAGUGCCAACCUUACUUAUAAUGGCUACUGAUUCUGGGGAGCCAGCUAGCACAGAAGAUUCUGAGAAACCUGAUGGGGUUUCCUUUGAAAACAGGGUUGCUCAGAUUGCUGCACCUCUGAUUGUAGAAGCAAGAAUGAAGGAAAAAACAAGCACCUUCUCUGCUGCCAGUGAAACCAUUGAAAGAAAGAGAUUUUUCCGAAAGAGCGUUGAGAUGACUGAAGAUGACAAAGCUGCUGAAUCUUCUCCUAGAGAUGAAAGAAUAAAGGCUGCAACAAACAUUUCAAGAGUAGAUAAGCUUCCUACCAAUGUGCUAAGAGGUGGACAAGAAGUUAAAUAUGAGCAGUGUUCAAAGGCAACCUCAGAAUCCUCAAAAGAUUGCAUCAAGGACAAAAAUGAAAAGGAAAUGGAAGAAGAAGCAGAAAUGAAGGCUGUAGCAACUUCCCCUAGUGGCAGGUUCCUGAAAUUUGAUAUAGAGCUGGGAAGAGGAGCAUUUAAGACAGUAUAUAAAGGACUGGACACUGAAACGUGGGUUGAAGUUGCUUGGUGUGAACUACAGGACCGCAAAUUAACUAAAGCUGAGCAGCAACGGUUCAAAGAAGAAGCAGAGAUGUUGAAAGGCCUCCAGCAUCCCAAUAUAGUUCGAUUUUAUGAUUCCUGGGAGUCUAUAUUAAAAGGAAAGAAAUGUAUUGUGUUAGUGACUGAACUAAUGACAUCAGGAACUUUAAAGACGUACUUAAAACGAUUUAAAGUCAUGAAGCCAAAGGUCUUAAGAAGUUGGUGCAGACAAAUUUUAAAAGGAUUGCAGUUCUUGCACACAAGGACCCCUCCUAUUAUUCACCGGGAUCUGAAAUGUGACAACAUUUUUAUCACAGGACCCACUGGAUCUGUGAAGAUUGGUGAUCUGGGACUUGCAACCUUAAUGCGCACAUCAUUUGCUAAGAGUGUCAUUGGCACUCCUGAGUUUAUGGCUCCAGAGAUGUAUGAAGAACACUAUGAUGAAUCUGUAGAUGUUUAUGCUUUUGGGAUGUGUAUGUUGGAAAUGGCUACUUCGGAGUAUCCAUAUUCCGAGUGCCAGAAUGCAGCUCAAAUAUACCGUAAAGUAACCAGUGGCAUAAAACCAGCCAGCUUCAAUAAAGUCACAGACCCCGAAGUAAAAGAAAUAAUUGAAGGAUGUAUCCGACAAAACAAAUCUGAAAGGUUAUCUGUCAAGGACCUACUAAAUCAUGCAUUCUUUGCUGAGGAUACUGGACUGAGAGUGGAGUUAGCAGAAGAAGAUGAUUGUUCAAAUUCAUCCCUGGCCCUAAGACUCUGGGUUGAAGAUCCUAAAAAAUUAAAAGGCAAACAUAAAGACAAUGAAGCUAUUGAAUUCAGUUUCAAUUUAGAAACAGAUACACCUGAGGAAGUAGCAUAUGAAAUGGUCAAGUCUGGAUUCUUCCAUGAAAGUGAUUCUAAAGCUGUUGCUAAGUCCAUUAGGGACCGCGUGACACUGAUUAAAAAAAUAAGGGAAAAGAAGCCUGCUGGAUGCUUGGAGGAAUGCAGGGAUUCCCAGUGCAGGUAUGUGGGGAAUGUAUUUCCUCAGCAACAGACUACAACUUUACCACCUGCUCCUGGUAUACAGACUGUGGCUGAAUGUGAAGAAACAGAAGUUGAUCAACAUGUUCGACAGCAGAUUCUACAGGGAAAACCACAGCAGCAGUGCUCCUCUGUAAGAGGUGACACUUCAUCUGAGGCAGCAUCUGGACCAGUUCUACAUUCAGAUACUUCAAGUCUUCCCACUGUAGCCUAUUCUUCAAACCAGACAACUAACUCUCAGUUGCAAGAGCAGCCAAAACUGACUGAGUCUCCAGUUUUGCCUGUGGUACAAGGUCAGUCUUCUGUUAUGCCCAUUUAUGCCGUUGGACAUGCAGUUGUUUCACAGGCUCAAGUUUCUCCAUUAACUAUCCAGAAGGUCUCACAGAUAAAGCCUGUGUCCCAACCAGUAGGAGCUGAACAACAAGCAGCUCUUCAAAAUCCAGAUUUUGUUCGAAGCUUGAAUCAAGAUGUGACAGCUAUGAAAGAAAACACUAAUAACCCUGAUAACCCAAAUGGAAAUGGCAAACAGGAUCGGAUCAAACAGAGAAGAGCCUCCUGUCCCCGACCAGAGAAGGGGACUAAAUUUCAGCUUAUUGUCCUUCAGGUAUCAGUCUCUGGAGACAACAUGGUGGAGUGUCAACUAGAAACACACAACAACAAGAUGGUUACUUUCAAGUUCGAUGUCGAUGGUGAUGCACCUGAAGAUAUUGCAGACUAUAUGGUUGAAGAUAACUUUGUGCUGGAAAAUGAGAAAGAAAAAUUUGUAGAAGAAUUGAGGGCUAUUGUAGGUCAAGCCCAAGAGAUCCUUCAUGUCCACUCAGCUGCAGAAAAAUCUAUUGGUGUUGACUCUGUUGCCUUGGAAUCCAAUAGUAACCAAACAGGAUCAUCUGAACAAGUACUGAUAAAUUCUACAUCUACUCAAACCAGCAAUGAAUCAGUUCCUCAGUCAUCCCCAGUUGGUCGGUGGCGGUUUUGUAUCAACCAAACUAUAAAACAUCGUGAUGCACAGUCUCCUCCUUCCCUUCAGCCUUCUGUGGCUACAGUUCCUGGGUUACAUCCAUUUCCUAGUUCAAGAAACACAAGUAAUCAGGAAAUAUCACAGGACACAUUGUUCACUAUAGAGAAUAAUCCAGGCCAGCAUGUAAUUUUCACCUCUAAAUCAGAACACAAGGAUGUGGUUGAUGCUAAUAUUUCUGAAUGUGCUAGUGGAGAAACUGAGCAGCCAACUAUUCUCUAUCAAGUGGAAGAUGACAGACAGAUAAGGGCACCAGCUAUUGAUCAUUCCAAUGAUUCUACUACUUUGGUAUGUCCAGUUUCAGUUGAAUGUGAGGCACUCACCAGCCAAGCAGGCAUAUUCAUACCUACCCAUCCAUGUCAGCAAGCUGCUGUUCUGGCUGAUGUGCUUAUGGCCCAUCCUGGUGAAUCGGUUCAGAUUGGUGAUAAUGUUCUAACUUCAGCAUUUGUAUCUUCUGAUCAAAAGCCUCAACAAACUGUAGAUGCAGAGUUCAUUUCCCAAGAAGUAAAAACUACAGUGAACACUGAAACAAGUUCUCCUAAGGCUGUCCUUGCCACUCAGACUCCUGGCUUUGAACCAGCUACACAUCUUCCUGCUACUGUCCUGGAAUCAGAUGGGGAACGACCUCCAAAAAUGGAGUUUGCAGACAACCGAAUUAAAACGCUGGAUGAAAAAUUAAGAAACCUGCUCUAUCAGGAGCACAGCAUUUCUAGCAUUUAUCCUGAGAGUCAGAAGGAUACUCAAAGCAUAGACUCUCCAUUUUCUUCCUCUGCUGAAGAUACACUAUCCUAUUCAAUGCCAGAAAUCAUAGCUGUCAGUCACUGUGGAAUUCAAGAUAGUCCCACACAAUCCCCGAAUUUCCAACAGACAGGCUCUAAGAUUCCGUCCAAUGCAGCUGCAAGUCAGCCUGCUAAUAUAUCAGUGUUCAAAAGAGACUUGAAUGUGAUAACUUCUGUACCCAGCGAGUUAUGUUUACAUGAGAUGUCCUCAGAUGCUUCACUUCCAGGGGAUCCAGAGGCCUAUCCUGCUGCUGUGUCAAGCGAUGGAACCAUUCAUCUGCAGACAGGAGUGGAAACAGAAGAUAAAAGAUCAGCAGUUGCUUCUGAUUCCAUUCCUCUGCCACGGGAGUUCUCAACUGAUAAUAGGACUUUGAGUAGAUGCAAAGCAAUGAGUGGAUCAUUUCAGCGGGGCCGGUUCCAGGUGAUUACAGUUCCUCAGCAGCAGUCAGUGAAAAUGAUGUCUUUUGGAAAAGAACACAGACCUCCAUUCAAGAAAACAACAGUCCAGUCCAGUGAAGAAGCAGCAGCCUUUGCUGAAACUGCAGUAUCUCAGUUGAUCGAAGUGGAACCUGCCAUGCCCACUCCUAAAGCAUCAGAUUCUUCACGAAAGUUACGAACUCUUUAUGAGACUUUUAAAGAAGAUAAAAGAGAGCCUGAACAAGGUGACAUCUUCUUAUCUUUCAGCACAGCUUGUGAAACCAGUGUGUCUUUAGUGACUACAGAAAAGAACUUGGAAGGAACCUCAACUACAAGAAUUAGUGUGCAUUCUGGGUCUGAACUGUUAGAUAAAGAAAAAGAGGAAUUGACUCCUGGGAAACAGCCAUAUGAAUUUUCAGCCCCUCUUGCUGGUAAUGGAAAGUCAGUGGCAAAAUCUGGUUCAAAGAGUGAUCAGUAUUUACCACUCAGUAAAGAGCAAGCCUAUGUUCAAACACAGAGUUCACUCUUCUAUUCUCCAUCUUCCCCAAUGAGCAGUGAUGAUGAAUCAGAAAUUGAGGACGAGGACUUGAAAGUAGAGCUUCAAAGAUUACGAGAAAAACACAUUCAGGAGGUGGUCAAUCUUCAAACACAGCAGAAUAAAGAGCUGCAGGAGCUCUAUGAACGCCUUCGAGCAACUAAAGAUAGCAAAGUACAAUCUUCAGAGAUUCCUUCAUCACCUGCUUCACCACGUCGGCCAAGAGCUUUCAAAAGUAAACUCCGAAGCCGCCCUCAAUCUUUGACACAUUCAGACAAUGUCAUUGUUGUAAAAGAUGCUCUGUGUGUGGAGAAUAAUACAGUGUCACGCCAACAAUCUUCAGCCAGUAAAAAGGGAAUGUUCACAGAUGAUUUACACAAGUUGGUGGAUGAUUGGACAAAGGAAACAGUAGGAAAUUUUCCUAGUAAGCCAAGUUUAAACCAACUCAAACAGAGCCAACAAAAAUUAGAGACAGAAAACUGGAACAAAGUAUAUGAAAGUACUCCAUCUACUAUGGGCUACACAUCAACAUGGAUAUCUUCUCUCUCCCAAAUUCGUGGAGCUGUCCCAACUUCCUUACCACAAGGACUCCCACUCCCUUCAUUUCCUGGGCCAUUAUCAUCAUACGGAAUGCCCCAUGUUUGUCAGUAUAAUGCUGUAGGGGCCACGGGGUAUCCAGUACAGUGGGUAGGAAUUUCGGGAACAGCACAGCAGUCUGUAGUGGUUCCUGCCCAAUCUGGGGGACUCUUCCAGCCCGGGAUGAAUUUGCAGGCAUUUCCAGCUUCACCAAUACAGAAUCCGGCAUCAAUCCCUCCUGGUCCUAAAUGAAUCCAAAUAGAUGCUGAAACAAGGGGAGAGGACUUUCAUCAAAACACCUAUGAUACUAAACUUUCUUCUUGAGUUCUGCCAUAUUUUCUCUCAUUUGAGCCCACUUUCAACUGUGUUUUUUGUUGUUCCAAUGUGAUAUUUGGUACAGCUCAUCAUUCUGUAGUAAUGUGCACUUUGCACAUAGAAUACUCCACACAAAUGUUUUUCACUUCAAAUCCUAUCCUCUUUGAUACUUGAUUUUUAAAAAAUACUGUUCAGAAUGCUUUAAUAAGCUCAGUUUGAGUGUUACCAUUUCCAGGACACUUUCAUGUGUUGCUGAGAAGCUCUCGCCCCACUUUUUUAUGCUGCUACCAGCAGUUGUAUAAUACUUUUCUUUAAAGUGUGUAAAAACUAUGUAGAUUGGUUCUCCCCAAAUGUGGAUGAGGUAAGACUCUCCAAUCGCCAGUCUUGUGGGAUUUGUCACAACUGUCUUGGGUUUACUUUUCACAGAAGGCAGUAAGUAACUGGCUGCAGGAAAUGUUUUGAUGUAUAACUUUAGUAUCCUUUUGUCAAGCAGUACAGAACAUGAGUGUUUUUAAUGUGAUUUUCUUCCCGUCAUCACAGCAGUCGGAGUAAGGGGUUGUUUUAGGUGAGGCGGAGGGAAAGAAAAAAUCAGAACUGUAACAGUUCCUUGAACCUACAGCUACUAGAGCUGCUUUUGGGUUCCAGUAAUAACCCAAAGCAGCCAUCUUUUCUCAUGUGCACACUGCUUUGGUUUUGAGCAUCUGAGAGGCACUGACUUGGCUUGCAUUCUUUUGCUAGGUAUUGCAGCUGAUGUGAAUCUCAUUUGGGGUAAUCCUUGUAAUCCUAAACAAGGAGAUUCGGGUUAACACUUCUGUCAAUCCAUUCUUCUAAAGUGAAAUGUACUUGACACAUUAGGGUUUGUAGCUUUUGAGACUUUUACAUAAAACACUGGCUUUACAGGGUUCUAAGAAAUGUAGGAUACACACCAUCCUGCAGUGAAAUAGUACACCCUAGGAUGAUAUUAUUUAAAUUGCCUUUAACCUUUUUUGAUGACAGUUUUUUGGUUGUUAUAAUUUCUUACUAAUAUCUAUAGUCUUAGACCAUUUUAGAUGUUAGAUGUUAGAUGUGUUUGUCAGCCUCUUGAAAAUUUGAGAGAAUUCACUGUCAAGUUGCACUUUACUGGGUUUUAUCCAGUUUUAGGAGGAAAGGAGGCAGUGUCAAAAUGUACGCCUUUGGUUUUUAGGAAGGUUAACUUCAGUAAUCUUAAAGGCUAGUCACAGGGUUACCUAAUAUUCAGUCUGUGAAACCCAAAUAGAAUUCUUACAUGCUAUAUUAUCAGCUACUAAAUACACAUGUUCAAGUGACUUAACAUUCACUGAAGCUUUGAAAGUCGUUUCUAAUACGUUUUUCUAUUUAAGAAUUCUCUUGGUAACCAUUCCAAAUUGUGUUCAAUGUUUCUGUUAACAGAUUUUCCUCCAUAUUCCUCUAAAAAUCUUACCCCAUGGGCUUGCCGGGAAGCUAGAAGAACUUUUCUUUUUAUUUCAUACAGUACACUUUAUGACAGUCAGUACACUUUUUAAGAAGUUGUCUUAUAUUACUUACCUAAAUAUCACACCCACCAUCACAUUUUUGUCAUGGUUACUGGGGGCAUUCUGUGGAUUGCUAUUGGUAAGAGCCACAAUUCCUUUUCCUAAGACAUCCUGUUUUGGAUGAGUCCAGAUUAUACGCCCCGAUUCCUGAAAUUCCUUCUAUAGUAUUGCUUUGCAAGUUGAAGUGAUUUUUAGGAUGUUAAUGUAGUGCAGUUUCUUGCAUUGCAGUGUUUUCCAUAUGUACAAAACUAUGCUCCUAAAACCCAUAGUUCCUUAAAACUGUCUGUGUUUCAUUAUAAGUUGGUUUUGUAUAAUUAUAUUGAGAUAAACAACCUAUAAGGUGAAAUAGUGCAGGUUUUAAGAUGGGAUCUUCUCUAGUUGCAAUCAUUUUAAACAGUGUACCCCAGAAUGAAAAAAACUCCAUGGGUUACAUACAUGUACAAUCCCAUUUACUAGUGGCUGCUCUACAUAGUAUGUUCUGUGUUUUGUUAAACAUCUCAGUUUUACAUAUAAUUCAUCAUUAUUGUUUGCCUGCAGAUGUUUGCAGUGCCUUGUAAUAUUUAGAAUCUUUUCAGGUUUUGCUGGAAAGAAAAGUCAUCUUCUAAAGUUUGAAGAUGGGGAAUAGUGUACUGCUGUCUCCAUGCUGACUGCAGUAUCUGGGUUAACAUAUAUGUUACAUAUACAUUAUGUAUGUGUAAUGUGUAGAAGUUAAAGCAUACAGAAAAAGGGAGUGUGCAGAAAUGAAGAAAACAAUGUUAUUCACUUUGCUGUGGGGUUUUCUUUACUUUUUCUUAUUUUUUGUUUGAUUCAGAUUAUAGUCACUUUGAUUGUAAAUAUUGGUUAGUUUUCUAGAGGGGGAUUUGUAUUAUUUCUUAAUUUUGCUAAGUUAGAAUAGUGCUGUUUCCAUCCUUGCCUGAAAUACUUUUUCUCUCCCAUAAAUGAAUCAGAUAAUGCUCAGAAGUUCUCUUUAACAAAGAGCCUAGUACAUAUAACAUGCCUUCUGUUCAUUUCUAGAAGUGCAUAUAAUGGGCCUUCUGUUCAUUUCUAGAAAGCACACAAACCUUUUCAUUUUCUUUCUUGUAAUCAACGUAAAGGUUGUACUUAACCACUGUCUUGUGAAGUUUUCUCGGGAGAUAGUCUGUAUGUCCAGCCGCUCUGUUUACUUCUCCAAGUGCACAUCUGAUGAGCAGCAUUGUGUCUUCAUGUAUGGCAACAUAAGCACUCCACCAUGAAGCAUUGCUGUUGUGUCUGUGAAGUUGGGUGUAACAUCCUAAGACUGUGAAACCAUUACUGGUGUAUUCAGUGCAGAUAAACCAUUCAUAUACCUGGAGCAGUCUUGAAUCUAAAAUAAUUUGCUGUAAGUUAACAAAUAUCCCUGCAGUUUUUCAUCUCUUCCUUGCUUCAUAUCAAGCAUACGUUCUAAUAGUUUGACAGGAAAACUUAACUGUGAAAGUUUAAAAGGCACUUCCGCUGUGAUUUUUGGAUUGAGUGUAGAGUGUUUUUCUAAAGUUAUAAUGGAAUGUUUGUCAUCUGAAGACCCCAGAUUUAAUUGCAGUCCAGUUACUUUUGUUUAUCUACCUCGUUUUUCAGUACUGUUUUAGGUGCACAAGUAAAUGUUGCCUGUGAAACUUGCUCUUUUGCUUUGAUUCUUUAUGUUGUUUAGAUUCUCAAUCUGGCUUGCCUUUUCAUCCUAGCACUCACCAUGCAUGUGAGAUGAGAGGAACCAUCAUUCUACCACCAGUCUGUGUUGAAGUGAUGAGAGCCAUAUACCUAAGUGUUACAAAGUUAGGGGAUUGGGGGAUGGAAAGCAAAGAGAGAAAUCAAAUUGGUGGCAAUAUAAGACUUAGUGGUGGGAGUUAGUUUUCAAAUAAACAAAUGCUUCAAAUGUAUUGAAGUGAGAUAGUCCCAGUGCCUGAGGAUGCUUUCUCAUCUCAGCUUCUAAAGGGCUAUGGGUUGAAAUUGCUUUAACUACCACAGUGAAAUACUUGACCUCCUAGGCAGUGACCCAUCUUCAAAAUAUUGCCUGGUAUUUACAGUGACACUUUGUUAUCUUGAAAUGGCAGAAUUCAUUUCAUUUGAAUCAUAAUUGGUAGUAAGGGUUUAGAUAGUUGCUUAUCUAAUCCCUGUAGUCUAUGGAGUUGACUCUCUUUGCUGUAUUUUCUAAGCAUUAAAAAUUCCCUUUCCCCCCUUUAAAAGAACCCAGCAAAUGUUUGUAACUGGAUAUUUCCUGUUUCACAUGUUUACCAUGUAACAGUACAUUUUUAAUAGUAGUAAAUGCUGUAUUUCAGUCAUCGUUUCUAAGUACAUUUCUGAGGUAUAGUUGCCAUCAAUUCAGUUACCUCAUGUUCUGUUUGAUUAAGAAAAAUCUGAGCCUACUGAGGUGGUAUGCAAGCCAUUUUCUAGAAUAGAUUGGUUGGGUUUUUUUAUUGAUAGUUUACCAAGGACUUAUUUUGCCUCCCUUUCUUUAGAAGAUGUAAUAAAAAGGUUUGUAUGUAUAGAAAAGGCUUUUGAUUUGGUAACUAUAAUUCUAGGGUUAAAAUUUUAAAAUCUAAUCCAGAUUAUAAAAUGAAAACACUCAAUCAUAGUAAAAAAUUCUUCUAAGUAAAAUUAGUAUGCAAUUUGUAUGGAGCUGUACUCUCAGGCCACCCUGGAAAUAGUCUUUUUUUGUGUGUGUAUGAAGGAUAAAUUCAAACAUUGAUCCAGGGACCUUGAUGACUAACAUAAAUGGGCCCAAUGUAGUAACCAGGUUAAAGUUCUUUUCACUGAGAUGGUUGAAAGAGUGUACAGAUCAACAGCUCAGAUUCUGGAAGGUUUUCUCUGAAGUAAAACAAUGCAGACUGUUACAAAGCCAGAAGUCAGGCAAGAGGGCAAGGGAAGGACUAAGUUCUGAAGGGACAAUGCUCUAAAAUGCACACUAGUCACCCUUCUAGCUUUUUUACGUUGUAUUUCUUUCGAUAUAAUUUAAGAUUUAAGAUUGAGAUUUGUAGCUCAGAACCCUCAGCAGAUACAGUGGAUAUAGUGAUUGAUGAGAAAGUGCAGUUGAAGGUCUGUCAUGCUCAAUCACUUAAAGCUAUAAUUUGUUUAAUACAAAUAUUAAGCAUGUAGACCUAAUGCAGCAUGGGAGCCACUCAGGAAGUUUAUGCAAUUAAACUUUCAUGCAUAUUUACCAUGAAGUGUGUAGAAUUUCAGCCAAUUCUCAAUACUUAACAUUUAGUUAUAUAUGUGAACUCUCCUUUCUUAAUUCGGGAAUGUAGCAUUAUAUAGAAUGCUGUUCAAUUUAAUUUUAGCCCUUUUAACAUUACCUUUUCUUUUUUUCCUUUUUUUUUUUUUUUUGGUAAGCCAAGUGAUCUACCUUUCAGCAGUUGUCUGGUUUUGAUUCUUCGAAACUGUGAUUUUUAUUUUAAUUUUUACCCAACUAUUGUUAAGUAUUUCGUUUCCUGGAAUUUUGUUUUGAAACAAAAAUAAAGGCUGUGUUUAAUGACUAUGUCACCUUAUUAAAAUUCUGUCAGCUACUGCA